AUGACUAUCCCUGCUCGCGACAGUAUGUACGGCAGAGAGCGGAAGGACUACCUUGACCUUUUACAGUCGCAGGUCAUGAAGCUCCGAGCUGACCCCAGUCUUCGCCUUCACGUGGUUGAGCGGCUUAGAGAUCUUCAUCGGAUGACACCUGGCUGCCUCGAGGGUUCCCAGGUUGUCAGCGACACUCUCUUCCAUCAGAUCUGCUGCACUCUUCAGCCUCUUUACCGCAUCGCGAUCGCCACUCUGAUCGGAGACAGUGAUCCCGCCAGUGUAUAUCGAGUCGCCGAUAUGCUCGAGGGUGCAGUUCCUUGGGAGGUUCGUGAUCCCUUCAACACUCCAGCUACAUAG